AUGUCCGAUCCGGAUGCACAAGUUGAACUUCCUCCUAUGAAACCACCUCGUCCUUCAACGACAUCGACCACCCAAAUACAGCUUGAACAAGAUGAGAUAUACGCUCGUCAGCUUGCGGAGCAUUAUAACAAUGCAGAGCAGACUCGCAGAUAUCCUCAGUCUUCCGGGGACCACGAACCGCACUUGCCACAACGACGCAAAGAAACUGGUUUAAAGCCGAAUGAAUUAUACGACGAUCGAGAACACAGCUUUAUCGAUGACGAUCUUCCAAUAAUAAAAGAGAACCUCCGCAAAGGCUUCCUGGAAACUCAAACAAGAGUCAAUAACUGGGUUCAAAAUUUAAAGAAAAAGCUCGACGGGGAAGAAUCGGAAGACGAGUACUACCAACAAACCCAGCAGGGCCAGCAGGGCCAGCAAUAUGGCCAGGGAUUUCCAGAGACACAAAGCUACCGACCUAGAAGAAGUGGCGAGGCUCGCCGCAGUGCCGACCGCGAGCGAUAUGACGCGGAUCCUCAAGUUUUGAGUGACGAUUUUGCGACAUUAGAAUUAAGAGAUAAUGAGGGUAAAACAGGCCGGCAGCCUACAUUUGAGGUGUCUAAACUGACAAGUGAAGUAGCUACCCUCCCGAACCGUCCACCUCGCCCUACCGCAAAUCCGGAUUUGUUCAAACCCAAGUCUCCCUCUCCAGACCGCCGGAAGGUUUCGUUUCAAGAAGGCCCACCUGAGGAAAUCACCGGGCCUUACUCCUCCCGCCAAGGCACACAAAGUCGUAGUGCUCAGUCAUUGGGGAAAGCAAGCAAAUGGCAACCUUUAGCAGCGGUGGAACCAUCUCCUGUCGCAGACCAUGAUCCUUUCAGCCUUGGAGAUACGGACGAUGAGAAGGAGGUGAAAAAGUCGGAUGCAAAGCCAGAUGAUGCUGAGAAGGCAACCAAAGCUACUACAGAAGCUACGGAGAGCGACAUAGGGCCCAGCGGAACCGAUAAGAAAUCUGAUAAGGCACCGGAAAGUUCGUAG